AUGGCCAUGUCCCGACGUAAGCAACUCCAUCCGAAAUCACUGAAAGAAGGUGAUGAAACCGUCUUUGUAUUACCCGAUGAACUGAAAUGCGAUGAAGAGUCACAUGAGAUCAUCGCUCGUAUUGAUAUCAAACAAGGACAUCGCUUUGGUCCAUUUCCUGCUUGUCUUGUGUCUUGUCAACAACGAUUAUCGUCUGAUUUUGAUUCAAUGGAUGGCAAUGGUAGUAGUAAUAGUAUGAGCAUACAAAUUGAUAAUAAUGAACAAUCAUUUCAGUUACUCGAUACGAAACAUAACUGGUUGACGAGAUGUUCAAUAUCGAGUAAUGCAACAUCGAAUUUAGAUAUUCAAUCUCAAGACGAGCAAAUCCUUGCUGUACUAACUGAAUCGAUCACAAAUGGUACUCGUCUAUGUUCGAAUGCGAUUAUUCUUCCAAAAGUGAUGCAAAGCGAAGAUUCUCCAGUAAAAUCAACGUUGAGUUCGAUUCCAGAUGAGAUUAAAGUCAAAGAAGAACCUGUCGAAUCCUCUGAAGAAGAACGACAGCAACAGUCAUCUGAUCCCUCGUCAACGAUCAAAUCGGAAUCACCAAUUGUAUCAAAAUCCAAAGAAAUAAAAAAAUUCCAUUCUUUGAUGUUCACCUGCGACGACUGCGGCGUUCGAUUCAGUAACCGAAGUACGCUCGAUGCUCAUCGACAACACUAUUGUUUAAAACGUGGCGAAGCAAGAAAAAGUCAUUCGAUAGAUUCAACAAUGCCUGUUAAACUAAAGAGCAUCAAACGCAAACAUAUCGAGACAAGUGAUUCGUCGACUCCGCCAACAAAACGUUUGUCAAUAUCAUCGAAUGAGACAUAUUGUUCCGAAUGUGAUAUUUUAUUUUCGAAAGCAGAUAAUCUUCUUCAGCAUAAACUACAUUAUUGUCGAAUGAAAUCCUCAACACAUCAACUUAAUGAACAAAACAUCCCAAAUUCGUUUCGACCACCGAUACCAUUCGAUCGACCUAUUCAGAUCGGACAAUUCAUCUACGUGCCUGUGCCCGUUGUGUCGUCAUCAACUGAAAACACCGAACAAUUACUAUCACCAUCUAAUAACGAUAAUAAACCGUUAGAUUUGAGUAAACCGAAAAAAUCUCAUGAUGAGUCCGAAAAAUCCACUUCACCACUCGAUUUAACCGUGGAAAAGCCAACGAAUCUAUUUAACAUACUCAAUUCUUCCGCAGUGACGAAAUCAACCAAUCAAGUUCAACAGCAAAUCUACGAAUGUGAUUACUGUUCGAUAAGAUUCAGUUCGUUAAAAACUCUACAUGCUCAUCAAGAGAACUAUUGUAUUGAAUAUCGUAAACAGAAGAAAACUGUACCAAAUAAUUCAUCAACCAACGAUUCCAGUACGACAAUCAACGAAUCCAAUCGAUCUCAAUCUCCAUCAAUCUCGAAAUCUCUAUCUGUUUCUCCAAAUGAUUCAUCCAACACAUCUCAUUUACCUCCACAUCGUUCAUCUCCAUUCAUGUGUCGUCUAUGCAAGUAUCGUGGAAAUACUUUGCGUGGAAUGCGUAUGCAUUUCAAAUUUCAUCUAUCUAAUAAUGAACCGUGUACGGAUGAUGAUAUUAUCAUAACGACGACAUUAAACAACUCAUUAUCAACUUUGCCCUCAUCCCAAUUACUAUUAAAAUGUAAAAUCUGUUCGGCCAUGUUCGAUCAAGAGGAAACAUUAAUCAAUCAUAUCAAAUGUGUUCAUACGAAAGAAAGUCUACUUGAAUGUUUAGAAUGUCAAUCGAGAUUUUGUUCGAAAUGGAAUUUACUUCGUCAUAUGAAAUUAACACAUACGAAUAUCAAAUGUGAUGACGAUGAGCAAGAUGAUNUCUUCUUCUUCUCAAUGUUCCGUAAUGGUCAAUUUGCGCUUAUCGGUUAA